AUGGACGAGAACGAGGUGAUGGCCGCGUUCCUGUGGAGCAAGCACUCGAAGGAGGUGUACAGCAACCAGGGGCUGAAGGAUCUGCACCACCUGCACCAGGACUUCAUCAUCAACGACUACACCGACAAGAUAGCGACCAACAUCGACCUGCUCGACACGGAGCUGAAGUUUGCGUGGGCCGCCCUGAACCUGUUGAACGAGGAGUACACGAAGAUGUCGGAGAAGGUGUUCAAGCUGCAGUCGCUCAACAUAUCACAGCAGCGGAUAGUGCAGAACCUCCAGUUCAUGGAGGAGAACCGGAAGGCGUACCUGGACAUGAUACCGGACUACGCGAAGCACCACGAGUUCUCGCUGCAGGAGCAAUCGCGGCUGCGGCAGGACCUGGAGUACCGGGACCGGAUCAGCGAGGCACUGCACAGCGGUCUGCAGGAGGACGCUCUGCAGGACGAGUAUCUGCUCCAGCAGCAGCAGCACCACAACGAGCUCCUGUUCGAGCACCAGCUCCAGAUGCACAGCUCCAUGCAGAUGCUGCACUCGGCGUCACAGCAGCACCACGGCGGCCACCAUCAUCAUGCCGUGUACUCGGGUGAGCUCGAGCAGCAGCAGCAGCAGCACCAACAGCAACAGCAGUACGACGCCGAGUACCUGGCGGCGGUACAGCGUAACUUCGGCAACGUGCCGGCGGUCCUGCAGGAUCAGUACGCCAAGCUCAUCCAGGCGCACCUGGAGGCCGAAGCGAGCUCGGUCGCGAUCCGAUCCGGGCCGCCGGCCGCUAUCGAGCCGACUCCUCCACCGGCGGCCCACGCUAUCGGCCGCCCAUCGACCAAUCCGUUCCUGACGGCGGGCGAAGCGAGCCGCGGGCUGCUGAGCAACAUCGAGCCGGCGGACAGUGCGGCCAUCAUCGAGGAGCAGCUGCGGACUUCGUUCCUGAACCACGCCAAGCAGCUGGAGCUCCUGGAGGCCGUCGGGAGCUCACCGUCACCGGGGACCGGGAAGCGGUACCCGGCGGGCGAUCGGGCGGGGCCAGUGAGUGAGGAAGGGAUGCGGGAGCUGAUCAACAAGAUCAUGAGCGAGGAGGACGUGGCGUCGCUGAGCAGCGAGGAGAUGGACCGGGUGCGUUGCUUCAUGGCACGGAACUGCUCCGAGCUGCUGGAAGCGUUCGGGGACGAGGAGCUGCAGGCGGUGUACCCGUCCGUUAAGACGGCCGAACUGCUGCUGGUGGCGCGCCGUACCGCGGGUGGCGGGCGCCCGUCGACCGGUAGCCCACGGGCAUCGCCGGCCAAGUACGGCCUCGCGGACGGGCUGGCUACGCUCACGAAGGACGACCUGCUGACGGUGGCGAACGGGACCAUCACGAUCCACCACGACACCAGUGCGUCCGAGAGCGACUUCCGGCUCAGCGCCGAGCCCAGUGACGAAGGGGUCGGGGUCACCACUGGCGGUGGCGCCUCGCCCGAGAAGCUGAUGGAGUUCUCGCCCUUCGGUCUACAGGCAACGCUCCACCAGCUCCCGCGGAACGACGCGGAGAGCAUCAUCAGCAAGGCGGAAGAACCGGCCGGUGGGGUGGGGGAUGUGGAGGAGCUGAGUGAGCCGACGGAUGACGUCACGGUGGCCAAAACAACCAUCCCACUGACGUUCGCCUGUACCAACCUUGUUGGGCUGACAACCGGGGCCACGACGCUGUAUCCGGGCGGACGUCACGGACUCACGGAGCAGCCACCGGAGCUGGCGAGCUGCGUGUCCAGUUCCAGUGACCAACUCGACCCGACGGUGGCGACCCCCGCUACGACGAGUCUCGUCCGGAGCACCGCCAUCCCGGUGGCGACGGCGGCGGCCGACUCGAACGACACGGCCGCGAUCCUGCAGGCAAUCAUCAGCCGGCGUUCGAGCAUGCCGUCGGAGGCGUCGACGAGCCCCCCGACGUUCCAGCCGUUGCCGGGGCAGACGUCGAUCACCGACUCGCCGGAGAUGCAGGCCAUCUACGACAGUCUGUCGCGCAAGUCCAGCCUGCCGACGCUGGGCGACAUCACGUUCUUCCCGUCGCUCGACAUCACCGACUCCGGCUUUGCGGGGGACACCACCAGCGACACCAGCUUCGCGCUGUUCCCGCCGACGGCCGCGACCUCGACGACGACGACCCCGGCCCCGCAGCCGGUCAGCCUGCCCGACUCCGCGACCCUGCCAGCUCUGCCCGCGGACACGUCCGACUCGUCGUCCUCCGCGCUGCACACCUCGAUGAACUCGUCCGGUAUCAGCGAGGCGUCCGACAACAGUGGCGCCUUCACCGACAGUCUACCGCCCCCGGCGUCGAUCGGGAAGCUACCGGCCCUGCCCCCACUACUGGCCGCCCCGACCAUGGCGACGCUCGGUGAUAGCAAACCGGUGGCGACCGAGGCGAAGGAGGUGAAGAACGCGAAACCGGCGGUGGCUGCUGCUCCGCCAUCGAUCGCCGGCUCGGUGCUGGGGAAGGCGGCCGCCCUUACCGGGUCCGUCAUCGGGU